UUAUAACAUACAUUUGCAUAUUCUUUAGCAAGUGGUUGCCAGCUACACUCUAUUGCUUUUUCUGGUACCUUAGUAAAUCCAUGUUUCUCUUCUCCAAUCACCGACCUCAAACACAAAAACUGUAACUAAGAAAACACAGUUCAAAAUCUACACCCACUUUCCCUCUGUAAUGGCAGAGAGUGUAGUUUCCUUUGUUUUGGAUCACUUAUCUCAGCUUGUGGCACGCGAAGCUAACUUGCUUUAUGGCGUGGAGGACAGGAUCCAGUCCCUCCAGCACGAGCUUCAAAUGAUCAACGACCUCCUCAAUACCUCAAAGAACAAGAAGGGAACAGCACACACAAUACUGAACCAAAUCAGAGAUGUGGCCCACGUAGCUGAGGAUGUCAUCGACACAUUCGUAGCCAAAGUUUCCAUUUACAAGAGGAGAACCAUUCUUGGGAAGAUGCUCCGUGGCUUUGGCCAAGCAAGGUUGCUUCGCGACGUAGCCGAAAAAAUAGACAAGAUCAAAGCCACUCUCACCGAAAUACGCAACAACAAAGACAAAUAUGACGCUUUCAAAGAAACCAGUAAUCAAUCCGCAGCAGAAGAAGAGGAAGAGGAGAAAAGGGCGAAAUCAGUGCAGAAGCUAAGAAGAAAUGUGGAGGAAGAAGAUGUGGUUGGCUUUGUCCACGACUCCAAGGAUGUCAUCAACCGACUCCUGGAAGGUGGUUCAAAUCGUAAAGCUGUAUCUAUCGUUGGCAUGGGGGGAUUGGGGAAGACCACCCUUGCCCGAAAGGUUUACCACAGCAGCCAGGUGAAGCAACGAUUCGUGUGUCGGGCGUGGGUUUAUGUGUCAAACGAGUGCAGAUCUAAGGAGCUUUUAAUUGGCCUUCUUAAGCAUUUGAUGCCAAAUUUUGAACAACAAGGCAGAGGUAAGGAAAAAGGUAAGAAAAGCGCAGGAGACAUUAACGACCUUAGUGAGGAGGAGCUGAAGAAAUUGGUGCGGAACUGCUUGGAGUGGAAAAGGUACCUUGUGGUGGUAGAUGACCUGUGGAAAAAGCAAGAUUGGGAUGAGGUGCAAGAUGCUUUUCCGGACAACAACAGAGGCAGCAGAAUCUUGAUCACCAGUCGUUUGAAAGAGGUGGCCUUGCAUGCUGCCCAUGAUGUUCCUCACUAUCUUCAAUUCCUCAAUGAAGAAGAAAGUUGGAAGUUGUUUCGCAGGAAAGUGUUUAGGGGUGAAGAUUGCCCUUCUGAUUUGGAGGCUCUGGGAAAGCAGAUGGUUCAAAGUUGUCGUGGUUUACCACUCUCCAUCAUUGUCUUAGCCGGGCUACUGGCCAACAAGAAAAAGUCACAUAGAGAAUGGUCUAAAGUUGUGGGUCAUGUUAAUUGGUAUCUUACUCAGGACGAGACCCAAGUGAAGGAUAUAGUUCUCAAACUCAGCUAUGACAAUUUACCAAGGAGACUAAAACCAUGUUUUCUCUAUCUUGGGUUAUUCUCUGAAGACUUUGAAAUACCAGUUACGCCAUUGUUGCAAAAAUGUGUUGCUGAGGGUUUUAUACAAGAUACAGGGAGCAGAGACCUAGAUGACGUUGCAGAAGACUACUUGUACGAGCUCAUUGAUCGUAGUUUGGUCCAAGUAGCAAAAGUGGAUACUAAUGGAGAUGUGACGGCGAUUCGAGUUCAUGAUCUUCUUCGAGAUCUUUGCAUAUUAGAGAGCAAGGAGGACAAAGUUUUUGAAGUUUGCACAGACCAUAAUAUUCUAAUUCCAGCAAAACCUCGCAGACUGUCUAUUCACAGUAAUAUGGAUCACUACAUUUCUUCAAGCAACAAUGAUCAUUCAUGUGUUCGUUCCCUGUUCUUCUUUGGCUCAUAUUACUUUUUUCAAAGUUGGGAAUGGAAAUGGCUUUUUGAAAGAUUGAAAUUGGUUCGUGUGUUGGACUUUGGACUAAACACCUCUAAUAAGAUCCCUUCCGAUAUAGGGAACUUUAUCCAUUUAAGGUACCUUAGAAUACAAGCACUCUCUAUUACAUUUGUUCCAAAUUCGAUACUUAACCUUUGGAAUUUACAAACCAUAGACCUAGGUCCUUGGAAGCAUAGAGUUCCAAUUUCUUUCCCUGCCCAAAUAUGGAAACUGAAACAUUUAAGGCAUUUGAAUACAACACGGGCUAUCAAGCUGCGAGGCAGUUGUUCAGGAUCAGAUGAGAGGAUGUGGAAUCUUCAAACCGUGUCUACCCUGGUGCUCAAUAGCCAAGCAACAUCUCUGAUAGAAAAAGGAACAUUCCCCAAUGUUAAGGAGCUAGGGUUGACAGUGAUUUCUGAAUGCGAAGGUGAAUUACCCAAAUUGUUGCAUAGCUUACAACAAUUAAGUUAUUUGAACAUGUUAGUGAUUGUCCUCCGAGAUAGAGAUGAUGCAGGUGUAGAGCACUCGAGCGAUGAAAGUGUGAAAAGGAACAAUGGUUUCAAGCCGCAAGAAUUGUUACGAAACCUAGGACAAUUGAAUUGUCUAACCAUCUUAACCAUUGAGAAUGCUUUGGACCUUCUAACCUGUGCGCUCACAUUCCCUCCAAAUGUUACAGAGUUAACGUUGUCAGAUAUUGACUGCAUUAGUGAUGAGGGGAUGAAUGGUUUGGGAAAGCACACCAAACUCAAAAUUUUGAGACUUUGUGGAGAUAAUAUAACUUCAUCUGGGGAUUCCAUUGUCCUUAAUUGUGGUAGAGGCAGCUUUCCACAACUGGAAGUGGUUGAAAUGGAAAAUUUGAAACUUGGAAAGUGGAAAUUGGACAAUGGUGCCAUGUCGAGGCUGCAAAAUGUGAUGAUCAACAGUUGUGAAUGGUUAGAAGAUCUCCCAAAUGAAUUGUGGUCUUUGAGUGGUUUGAAAAAAGUUCACGUGAAGAAUCCCUCGGUACAAAUGGCUCGAAUGCUAGAAAAUUUGGAAAUAAACAGUGGGUGUCAACUCGUAAUAGAAAAUUAGGAUGUGAAUUUCAAUGGUUUGUAGUUUAUUUUAUUUUAUUCAAUAUUAAUGUGUGUGUAAUCUUUUUAAUUGUAAAUAAUUAAUAUAAUUUUAAAAAUAA